CCCCUUCAAACAUCACAAUAUUAACAAUACAAAACAAUCUAAGUCAAUGCCCGCCGCCAUAUUGGCCGUAGUCCCGCCCUCCGUGUACGUCAUGACGCCGCGUCGGGUGCCUGGGUUACUGUUGGUCUUAAAGGCAUAGCACGCGCCUGUGCCGUGUUCCACACUCUCCUCCCUUCUCGCCGCCUCGUCACAACUUUAUUGAAAACAACAACAAAGAGCAAUCCAGGAGUCUGAGGGAACUGACGUAUGAGAGGGGAAAAGAAGAAAUCCUGCGCUGUGAUUGGUCAGAGCGGGCUCGCUGGUUUCGGUUUCCCCAUCCAGCUCGGUGCAUUGUGUGAGUCUCUCUGUCACGGUGAUCAAUGUGUUAACUGGGGAGGGGGUGAGUGGCAUUGAUAUUCACCCCUUCAGUGCCGGCGAGGAAGGUCUAUUACUGUGGGGUGAGCUCACCAAGCCAGGGUGACCUCACAGGCAGCUGACCGGCUAUUGCAGAACUACAGCUCCCAUGGUGCCUUGCCCGCCUGCCCUAUGGUUGGUGUAUUCCUACACAGCAUCCUGCUCUGCCUGAGAUCCAUGUGGGGAGCUGCUCUCUGCCUGUGAGAUCCAUGUGGGGAGCUGCUCUCUGCCUGUGAGAUCCAUGUGGGGAGCUGCCAUGUGGGGAGCUGCUCUCUGCCUGAGAUCCAUGUGGGGAGCUGCUCUCUGCCUGUGAGAUCCAUGUGGGGAGCUGCUCUCUGCCUGUGAGAUCCAUGUGGGGAGCUGCUCUCUGCGUGUGAGAUCCAUGUGGGCAGCUGCUCUCUGCAUGUGAGAUCCAUGUGGGCAGCUGCUCUCUGCGUGUGAGAUCCAUGUGGGGAGCUGCUCUCUGCGUGUGAGAUCAAUGUGGGCAGCUGCUCUCUGCGUGUGAGAUCCAUGUGGGCAGCUGCUCUCUGCCUGUGAGAUCCAUGUGGGCAGCUGCUCUCUGCCUGUGAGAUCCAUGUGGGCAGCUGCUCUCUGCCUGUGAGAUCCACGUGGGCAGCUGCUCUCUGCCUGUGAGAUCCACGUGGGCAGCUGCUCUCUGCGCGUGAGAUCCACGUGGGCCGCUGCUCUCUGCGCGUGAGAUCCACGUGGGCCGCUGCUCUCUGCGCGUGAGAUCCACGUGGGCCGCUGCUCUCUGCGCGUGAGAUCCACGUGGGCCGCUGCUCUCUGCGCGUGAGAUCCACGUGGGCCGCUGCUCUCUGCGCGUGAGAUCCACGUGGGCCGCUGCUCUCUGCGCGUGAGAUCCACGUGGGCCGCUGCUCUCUGCGCGUGAGAUCCACGUGGGCCGCUGCUCUCUGCGCGUGAGAUCCACGUGGGCCGCUGCUCUCUGCGCGUGAGAUCCACGUGGGCCGCUGCUCUCUGCGCGUGAGAUCCACGUGGGCCGCUGCUCUCUGCGCGUGAGAUCCACGUGGGCCGCUGCUCUCUGCGCGUGAGAUCCACGUGGGGAGCUGCUCUCUGCGCGUGAGAUCCCAGUGACACAAUCCCCGUUGAUCAGCCUUGAUGGUCCAAUGAUAGUAAAGAAACUGCCUGUGUUGUGCCUCUUCCUCUGCUCAUCAUGUAGCUAUGUGGAUAAAGAAAGUAUCCAUUAUAAAAUAUUAGGAACACUUAGACUAGAGCGAGCCCUCCUUGAUUUUGAUUAAACAGCAUGGGUGGUAUAACACACCACGGUCAUAGUCAGUAUGGUUUCUCAUGAAAUGAUGAAAAACAUUGAGAGAUACCAUAGUUCAGUAUGCUGGGAUUCUACAUAUAAUAAUAUGUUGGCAGUGUUUGUAUUACUUUGAGCCAGCCAAACUGUAGAAUAAUUUGGAGGGAAAGUACAACCAGCCCAAUAACGAUAUGGAAUAAUUCUGUAGGUGCUUAGGGUAUCCACAUUUAAAUAUAGCAAACAGAUAAGCAAAGAUAAAAUCCAAACACAAUUUUAAUCAUGGCUAUAUAUUCUGCAGAGAGUGAUUCUUAGAUGGCGCAAAAUUGAAUGGGAAAACUUAGUUAUUAGGAGACUGAAGACCAGAUUGAUGAUUUCUUUAGGUCUUUCACAGCUUUUAACAAUAGUUGUUCAGAAGUGCCAUCUUUUGUUGCUGUUAAUAUUUUUGCAAAAAUAUUCUCAGGCCUCCACUUCCUCUGGGCUGAGACUUCCUGGUUCAGCCCACUCACAGCACCCUUUAUUAAGCAUUCACUUAGUGGGCCCUCUUUUACGGGCCUACCCGAACGUCGGUUUUGGCACACCACAACCGACUUAUACCACUACUAUAACUCUGCUUAUUGUCCCCGACUACAAAUAUGUGUGUGUGUAUGUAUGUAUGUAUGUAUGUGUGUGUAUAUAUAUAUAUAUAUAUAUAUAUAUAUAUAUAUAUAUAUAUAUAUAUAUAUAUAUAUAUAUAUAUAUAUAUAUAUAUAUAUAUAUAUACACAAUAAAUUAUCAGGGGUGCACUUACAGGUCUUGUGACAAAAAUCGUGGUUUAAUGGAACAAAAAACUUAGUUACAUCUACAUUACAAGCUUGAUUCGUGUAGUAUCAGGUGUAAAACAAUGAGAAGGGAACAAUACAUACAUAUGUGUAUUGUUCCCCUCUCAUUGUUUUACACCUGAUACUACAUGAAUCAAGCUUGUAAUGUAUUUAUGGUGUUUUAAUUGGUUAUAAUAUUUUUUUUAUUUUUUUUUUUAAUUCUUUAUUUUUGCUGUGCAUAACAACAUGUUCAAAAUUGCAAUACCAUUUCAAUAAAUUCAAUGGUUAAACACGAUAUGACUAAGGUAUUGGCCGCACCAUAUGUUGAAAAAUAACAUCGGGUUGGUCCCAUAGGCAUGUAUCAGUGGUACUCUACUACUUGCGUUGCCUUUGUAUCAGUCGAGACGUUAUCUGUUUAACUAGGUGGCUGAUGUGAGUAGGGCCUGCCCUGUGCCUGUACCAGUCUAGGUUACGUCUAAGGAACACUGCUGUUUUUAUGUGAAUUAACUAUGUGUGGGUUAUCCUCAGGUCAGUAUGACAAGGUGGUUACAGCGGUCUGGUUUCUUUCUGUGUCUCUUGACCUAUCUGCGGGUCCCCUAACCUAUGGAGUGAAUGGGGGGGAGGGGGGGAGUAAGUAUGGUCUUCCUCGGUUUAGCAGCACACUAAACGGGUUAUGAGGUUGUACAGUGAAGGGGACGUGGGGCUCCCAGGUAAGGGAAUCGUGUGUGCUCAGUCCAGUGUAGCUUAUUAGGAUUCGGGUACACAUCUGGUGUUAGCCAUCUGUGUUGGUUAUAAUUUUUUGUAUAGGACUGUCUGUGUAUGUUAGUGCGCUUACCUCUGGUUUUCUGUUUUUGUUUUAUCUGUAAUUUUGUGCACAUUUUGAUCCUGUUGUGCUUCUGCUACCUAUUAUUUUAGUGUUUAAAAUUUCCAUUAUUCUGGCCUUUUAAUUUCUAAAGCUGUCUUUAAGGGGUUAAAGCAGGGGUAGUCAACCUUUUUCUACCUUCCGCCCACUAAUUCAUCUUUCUUGAUGGAAAAAUUUCCUUACCGCCCACCAGUUUUUGCGCAAGUACAGAAUAUUUUGUAGAAAGGAGGGUGUUUAAAAAAAAAAAAAAAAAAAAAUGUACGUACAUCUGCUCCUUCUUUCUCCUAUUCUACAAGUACUCUGCGCCUUUCUCCUAUUCUACAAGUACUCUCCUCCUUUCUCCUAUUCUACAAGUACUCUGCUCCUUCUCUCUCCUAUUCUACAAGUACUCUGCUCCUUUUUUUUACACGUUCUCUGCUCCUUCUUUCUCCUUUUUUUUACAAGUACUCUCCUCCUCUCCUCUAUUUUAUCCCCUUUUUUCUAUUUUUCUUCCCCCUUUUUUUUUUUUUUUUUUUUUUCUCUUUUCCUUUUUUUCUCUUUUUUUUUUUUUUAAAUGCUUUUUCUUUUACCUUCCUUAUGGCAAUGUACAAAAGUAAGGCUGAGGUAGUUUGUUCACUUAUUAUUAUUAUUAUUAUUUAUUAUUAUCCAACAACAAUUCUCUCCUUCUCCUGCCUAUUUUCUUUCUCCUAUUUUACAACUGCUCUGCUCCGCUUCUGCCUGUCCCUGCUAUCAGCUCCCACUCCUCCCCUUCCACUUCCCACGUGUUACACGAUUGCGUGCCCAUGCAUGCAUUCUCUCGCGCGUUCGUACUUUCAUUUGUGCACUCGCGCCACCCCCCCCCUCUCUCAAAAAGAGGAUUUAGCCGCCGAAAUCCCUUCCGCCCACUUGGAAUCCUGAAACGCCCACUAGUGGGCAGUAGGGACCAGGUUCACAACCCAUGGGUUAAAGGAACACUUCAAGCAGUGUGCUGUAGUAGUUUAUGUGCAAGAAGAGUACCCUUGCACCCCCACUGUCUCACUGAGGGGCUCUCUAUCUGAGGUAAGCUCGGCAUGGCUAAUCUCAUUGGCUAUAGUGCCAUCAACUGAUGUUCUCUGCCAAUGAGCUAGCUUUGCAUUGUAGGGCUUAGCUCAGGAGAGCUAACGGAGGUUUCUGCCUAAUCAUUAUCAGUAAUGGAGGGAGAGAGUGGCUCCUGGUGGAUCCCAGGUAAAAAGUCAAACUGUUCCAAAACUAUUAGGUUACUUACAAUGAACGUCCCAGGAGUACCACCAUCACUUUGUCCACGGGUUAUUUGGGUCUCCAAUUCUGCCUUUAUUUUGAACAAAUCAUUAAAAAUAUGUUUUUAAGCAGUGUGAAAACGCUAGUGUCAGAAAACUGAACCUAUACUGUUGUUUAAUCAAAAUGUGGAGGUUAUGUCAGUUGCUGUUCUUUUUUUUUUCCUUUUCUUUAAAUGGAGGGUAGAAUAUUUCUGUAAUUUUAUCAAUUUUUUUUUUUUUUCUCUUUUCAUACCAUACGUAGCAUAAUGGAUCCCGCUCUCUUGAGGGAUCGGGAGCUUUUUAAAAAGCGAGCCUUGACCACCCCAGCUGUUGAAAAACGGCCUGCUCCUUCUGAGUCUUCGAAGAAAAAGAGAGCCAAACUUGAUCUUGGAGGGACAUCUGGAUCCAAGCAGAACACAGGUCAGCAUCCUCAUGCAAUAGCAUUUUUGUUUCCUUGUAGAGUUUAUAUGCUAUAGUUAAUGCUUUAGAAGUUAAGAGGAACUGUCAUAUUAAUUUUCAAAAACUAGGUAGUGUGGAUUGCCCUUUUGAGGAUUUUUUCUUAGUAUUUUAUUUUGAUUCCUUGCUUACAGUUUUUUAUAUUUGUGAUAAGCUGAGCUUGCAAGUUGUGACCCCCAACUAAAGAUUUUACAGUCUUGUUACUAUAUAGACUGUUAGCUCGUUUGAGCAGGGCCCUCUUCAACCUAUCGUUUCUGUAAGUUUUCUUGAAAUUUGUCCUAUUUAUAGUUAAAUCCCCCUCUAAUAAUAUUGUAAAGCGCUACGGAAUCUGUUGGUGCUAUAUAAAUGGCAAUAAUAAUAACUACAGCUGGUAGCUUGGGGUGGCUAUUGAUUACCCACAAGUUUAUAACCUCUUUUUAUUUGAUUUUUAAUGGCUGCUUGAAAAGAUUCAAAACCCUAGCAGAUAAGCACUUCACUGGUGUACAUGAGGAACACUUGGGGCACCAUAGCAAUUUCAUUUCAAUAGUGCCAGGUGGUUCUGGGCACAGUCUUACCUUAGGGGUUAAACCGUUUCUUUGAGUGGUUUUGUGAAUAGGGUUCUAGUUAUAGGUUGAGAGUGUCGGCUAAUGCUUUAAGCCUAUCAGAGGUGCCCACUCCGUGACUUCUUAAUUGAAACCUUAGACCAUUGGCAGAAGCCAGGAAGACGAUUAAACUGUACCUUCUUCGCAACAUUGGCACCCAGAAUCACUUAGUUGAGAUGAAGUUGAUCUGGUGCCUGGAGUGUAUCUUUAAGAAGAUUUUGUGUUUUUGUAAAAAUAAUUUAAUAGUGAACAGUUCCUCAGGUCGGGGCAGUGAUGUCACAGUGUCAUUGAGGAAGAACAGCCAGAUAUUUCUAUACAUAAUUGCCAUGGUGUACCUAUGAGCAAUUUUCCCAACAAUCUAUUGUAUCCACCUUACUAGCUCGAUACAAUAGUAAAAAAGCAUUUACUGUGAUUUUAUAGAAGGCUAGUGAGGAGGACAUCUCUCUCUUUGAAGCAUGCAUAUCACACAAAUAGCAAGAGCGAUGGUUUCAUAAUGUAGAAGUAAUUUUUAAAGAAAACAUUGGAAAGCAAAAUAAGUGUGCUGUUUGUGGCACCAUCAACAAAAUCUGGUGCACCUAACAAUACAAACUAUGGAAUAUACUAGGAGAUCCUCCAGCGGAUUUGUCAUACAUACCCAUGGAAACAAAAUGAAGUUGUUAUGGUGCCAGGAACCACUUAUCUUUACAGAUUAACCAUUAAACGGUUUAACCAUCUAAGCUGGCUCUCCAGCGCCAUUCCUCCAUGUAACCAUCCACACCCGCUUUCUCUACUGCUGAUCAGGAAGCAUGGCCUGUAAGUCAGUAACUCUCCAUUUAUAAAAACUGUAUGUACUUUUUAUUUUUUAUGAAUAGGGAGCUAUUGAUUGGCUUAGAGCGUCAACUAACUGCUCUGUGCCAAUCACCUGAGCCUUUGCCUGGCAGCAGGUCGUGCUUCCUGGAUCAGCAUUAGAAAAAGGUGGAUGGGGGCGGGGCCUGAUAGCCGAACAGGCCAGACGUGCCUACUGAGUGCUCUGGCAAAACCGAGCUUAAUCAAGGCUUUUAAAGGCCUAAACGUGACUCCUGCAGCUCCACACAAAUGUGGCUAACAGAGGAAUUGAAUGGGAGCCCGUGGAAACUUGAACCAAGUCUCUCUGUGGAGAUUUACCACACUCCGCAUUUGAGGCCUAGCAUGGAAGGCGGCCUCGUGGCCGGGAGAGGAGGCCGAUUUCCCAGCACGGGGACCGCAUCGAGCAGCGACAAGCAUGAGACCCCGCAACCCCCCCCUCUGGACCGGUGGGGGUCAUCCCGGUCCCCGCUGGGCAAGGUUACUCACCCGCAACAGACAAAUCUUCUGCCAGAAUUAAGAGCGCGAAACGAGGUUAAAAUGGCCGCCGAGCCACAACUACCACAGCCUAAAGAGGGCCUGACAAUCCAAGCGUGGAGAGAACGCUUCGAGGCGCGGUUCGACCAGAUCUGCGAGGAGUUCUGGCAGCGCCCAGAACACAGACCUCUCCUGCACGCCUUACCUGCUAAACAGGAGAAAGCGGCCGAAUUAGAGGGCCACAGACCCGACUUUGGAACGGGCGCACACGGAAAAGCACGUCCCUCAUGGCCCCAGAGUGGCUGGAAGUAUGCCCAGCUAACGAACCGCACAGGGACCCGGGCCCAAAUCAAGCGGAAAACAAAGACCCUUCGGGGCGGGAGACAGGCUCCCCUUCACUCCCGUGAGCGAAGUGAUAACUCCGACUGGCGGUUUUGUGGCUCCGGUAGAUCAUGGGCUAAGAAAACAACCAGAACCAAGCCUGAACACAAAUGGGCCAUAUGGAGCCUCAUGGAGGGACAGCAACCACAAGUUUAUCAUGGACACAGCAAGUAUUUACUAAUGAUACCUGAAACAGGCAUAGGCUGACAGUCCCCCUACAUGCAAUUCAUAGCCCUCAGUCGGUUUGCAUUAUUUCCUCUUAUUUGCUUUAAUUUGUAUUCACUCUGGCGACAUCAACAUACCUGUCUCUUAUCUUACCACCCAGUGGACUCUUGUCUCAUGUAACACCAACCAUAGUACCCAGCGGCUACCCUGCUGACAAAUUAACUACAGUUUAGCGUGUUCCCUUAUCUUGAUAUAUUAUACUCGACUACGUUAUUGUCAAUCCAUAUAGUAUAUCUCAAACAAUUCUACUGUUUUCUUGUUAAGCAACACUAUAUGCAUCACUAUGUUUAUCUUUAAAAAUGUGCAGUACUACUACAUGCCACAGUUUAACGCCUCUUGAAAUGUCUGUAUUUACUGUUGUGGCAUGGCAAGCUUGUCUGUCAAACUUUUGCACAACAAAAAUAAAGAAUUAAAAAAAAGAAAAAAAAAGAAAAAGGUGGAUGUGGUAGGUUACAGGGAAGAAAGGCCCUGGAGAACCAACUUGGGGGUUAAACCAUUCAUGAACGGUUUGUCCCCUAAAGGUAAGGAAGCACCAGGGAUCUCCUGGCACCAUAACAACUUCAUUUAAUUUUUUUAUGGUUUUCGGAGCGUUCCUUAAGGAUGCUUCUUUUGUGCCAUUUUGACGGAAAACUUCAUAUUCUGGUUUGUGCUAUCUCUAAAUGCAUACUUCUCUGUAUGGAUAUUUUUGACUGUUUAGAAUUUUGGUGAAUCUCCAGCACAAUAUAUAAUCUUCAUAAAUAUUGUAUCUUGAUGGAAAACUGUUGUUGUUUUUUUUCUUCUAUAAGAUGAGUAAGUUAUUUGACAUUUUACUUAGAGUCCAAGGCUGGCUGUGGUCCCUGGUGGGGUUGUUGUGUAGCAGAAAUUAAAGUGCACACUUGCAUAACUGUUUGGUUUUGCUUAUUGGUCCUACAUAGUCCUGUUUAAGUAAUGCACACUAGGUGCAGGGUCCAACUGUGUGUCUGCUGUCUGGCCUUUAUGCCAGUGUGCAGGGAGGAGGUGUAGUGAGUAAAAAGGAGGCUUAGCUACACACUAUGGGGCACAUGCUAAAGACUGGAACACUAAAAUAGUGUGUGGAGUAGAGUACGGAUUUAUUAGAGGCAGACUUGAAUCCACUUUGAAUUGUGACAUUAGUAUAUGUCCCCUAUGUCGCAUAUUUAACAAUGUAAUCAAUGAAAUGUCCCAUUUAUAGAUAUAAAGUACACACUCAUCACAUGUGCUUUUAUUCACGUUGUAAACAUUGUUAAUGACUGGUAGGUGGAUCAUAUUUAUAUCACUUUUUACUCAGGUUAUUAAUGUACAUUUUACAUUUCUUUUUCUUAAAGGAAUAGUCUUGUAAAAGAAAAAGGUAUAUUGUCUAAGCUGCUGUUUUACUUUUAGUUCAGAUAUAGGCUCAUUAUUAACUCUUGAACUCUCCCCUAACUCCAGUGCCGGUGCAUACUCUUUAUUACAGCUGAUCCUUCUCCAUCCAUCAUGCUUGAUAAUCUAUAUGCAUCAAAUGCUUUUCCUAGAGAAACCCUGCAGACAUGACAGCACAUGCAUAAAUGGUGCUAUAAUUCUCCAGUUUAAUGCUCCUCUGUGAGCAUAUUCAGCAUCUAAAUGAAUGACCAGCCACUGGAAGCAUCAUAAUUGCAAAACGUACAUAGUGUUGUACAUGUAUCGGCACUGUUUUCAUCAGCAAGGCUUCAAGGGAGCAUCUCCACCCCAAAAUGUCCUGGGUGUGGAUUUAAAAAAAAUGUCUGCCUAGAGCCGUGGACAUUGAUAGGGUUAAUGUCUAAACCCUGAUAUAUUAUUUAUUUCCUCUCUCAAAUUAAAUCCGAUUUUACAAAUAAUCCUCAGUGUGUCCUCCUCUGUUGCCCCCCUCUUGUAGUGUAUGUAAUGUGCGCACUUGUGGUGUAUGCUGGCUUAGCUUUCUGCAUUGAGGGGAUAUGUAAUUACAGUAGGGUUCUGGAUCCUUGUUGGUACAGUGGAAGUUAAACUAGACCACAUGCUACCUCCCUGUGGUAGGGCUAAAGGCAAUAAAAAGCGGCAAAAUUUUCUUCCUGUUACCCGGAACUACAUGUCUCGGGCACAGAGCCAUAUGAAUUUCCUAUCCUGUUUAGACUGUCCCUUUAAUUUAUUUGAAGACUGCCUAUACGAAGCAACUGUCAGUUUGUUGAUUUUAAAAGUCAAGUCUGUAUACAUCAUAUACAAAUGAUAUUGGUUAAUCUAGUAGAAACAUAGUAACGUUAAUUAGGUUAUCAAUGAAUUGCAAAACUCUAACUGUAUGUUAUUUUUAUGACUUUUUGUUAAUCAUCCUAACCUGCUCAGAUAAAUCAGAUUGGGUUUCUUAUUUAGGGGAUUGAUCAUUACGUCUGGGGGGUUAAAGUAAAUUUUAAUGACAUAAUGCUAGGAUAUUCCACAACUUGGAGAAAAAAAGUGUUUACACUUGUCUUGGCAGAUUAGAACCAUCCUCAUUCACUAUGAUAAGUUGGCCCUCAACACAACUGGGAAUGGUCAAUAGUAAGAUCACUUGGGAUGAUAUUUUUGUGAGCAAAGGACAAUUUAUGUUUUAGUGGAAAUAUGAGUAAUAUUUGUAUGCAUGAGCAAAGGGAGUAUGAGCCCUGCUCACUGAUUGUCCUUAUUGAUGGGUGAUGGACCAAGUCUUCUCCAGUUUCCAUGGACUUCACACCACUUCAGUCUUGCGCUUCUUCAUGCUGCUCAUUAGAGCCCUAACAGGGUUGGGCUCAUUCUCCAGGUCCUUGACUGUCUUGUGCUUGGCACAACAGCAGCAGUCUAGCAUCUCAUACAAGAAAGCUAGCAAAACGAGGGAUAACACGGUCAGAAUGAACAGCACCAAAAUAACAAAGCAAGCGGUAUUCCAACCGUCAUGGAACGGGUAGAUUCUCUGCACCUGGAACCAAACUUGCUGCUGGAUCAAAGCUGUCUCGUUCUUCCAGGAGCUGUUCGAUGCCAUCCUUGAAUAGGCUCCCCGAGUAGCUACAAGCAUUAUAUAUAUAAAAAAAAAAAGAAAAAUUAAAUGAGAAAUAUCUUAACUAAUUCUGCAUUUUAUUUCUUAUACAACAUACCAACUUAGUUACUUGGUACACCCACAAAUAGUAUUUGAACAUAGCAAGGUCAAACAUACUUAGAGAAGAAUUAAUUUUCUUGAUCUUGAGUGGUUAACAGCCACAACCAAAAAACCAAAAGGUUUUUAAAUCCAGUCUACAUGAAUUGUGUCCCCCCCAAACUUCCCAUACCCCGCACCUAAAAUACUUUUACCAUAAUUAAAGUAAUAGAUUGAUGAAUCCUAUUUUAAUAAUGUUUAGUAUAUGAAUGGCAGUCCUCAAGGUGAAUUCUAAACUUUUGACUCUAAUUGAGCAGCUAUCGCCUCUGGAUUAAAAAUAACACAACUUUAUUUUUUAUUGUUUUAAAACAAAUGUCGGAUAUACUCCUGAGUUCAUAAGAAAAAAAGGAUACAGGUGGCGCUUAGGAAUAUAUAGGUAUGGUGCUGCUGAAUUACGCACGUAUAUUGUCACUCUAUAUAUACUUUAAGAAAAAGAUACAAUCCAAAGGUAUAAGGUGAAAGCGCACACAAAAUGAAAGAAAUAUAUUACCUUAAAUACACCGUACACUUGGUAAAAGGUUUUGGUAAAUACACAGUACACUUGGUAAAAGGUAUUGUGGUUUUCCUGUAACAUAGUGUAAUCCGUAUGCGUGUUAGGUGAAAAGAGAUUUAGAACUCGAUACACUCACAAUUUUUUGAGCCCAUUAAAGUUGGCUCUGGACUUAUAGUAAUAUCGAGUUCUAAAUCUCUUUUCACCUAACACUCAUACAGAUUACACUAUGUUGUGUUUUUGUUUGCAUUUCUAUAUAGGAAAACCACAAUACCUUUUAUCAAGUGUACUGUGUAUUUAAGGUAAUAUUUCUUUCAUUUUGUGUGCGCUUUCACCUUAUACCUUUUGGAUUAUAUUCCUGAGCUCGUCCAAUGCAAUUAACCAACAGUCACAAUUACUUUUUCAGAUGGCUGGUAUAUGAAACACAAAACUAAUGUCAAUUAAACACAAAGUUUCUGUAAAGACCUGGAUUAACUUGUUCUAUGGGUUCUCAAUUAAAGGAACAUUACAAACACCACAACCACUAUAUCCUGCUGUAGUGGUUUUGGUUACAGAACUGCCCUGACACUGUUUCACAGUAACUGCUCAAACGGUUUCAGCAGUUACUGUAGUAACAAUCCUAUUAUUUCUGGUGCUUGCUCCUUGUUGAGCUCUUUGGACCAAAACGACUCUUUAUAAAUCUGGCCUGUUAGAUCUAAUGUUGGCUGACAGCUCCCACUUUAUCUUGCCUAUAAGGCUCCAUCCUGCACAGAAACAGGUUUCUCUGUCAGUUCUGCAUUUGGACCUUGUGCAUCUUUCUAGAGAUCUUUCUUGCCUCUCUUCUUCUACACUAUGAGGAAGUUGAGUAUUUUGCAUAGUGUAGAGAAGCUUGAUGCUGAAUGUUUUAGGUGGGUUGUGCCUCGUGUCAACUGUACUUGUUAUAGGUGGGUUAUUUCAACCUUUGUUUAAAAUUCCUCUAUAGCAGUGGUUCCCAAACCAACAUACUACUCUACCACUAUCCUCAACCAUUAAACCAUACACUUCCUUAACUCUUACACCAACAUAUAAAUAUCAUGUAAUAUGAAACAUGCAUAAUGACAAAAUGUGUAUUAGGGUAAAAUAUCGUCUUUAUAGGAAAAAAAUACCAUCAAGAAGUGCUGGAGUUAUUUACAAAUUAUUUAUUUGUUACGAUAUCUCCAGGACCCCUUGAUGGUUUUAUUUUCCCAUAAUAAAUUUAUUUUGCAGUUAUGUAUUGUCUGUCCUAUCCUAUCAUGUGUAAUCAUAAUUAGCCAAGCCUAAAAUUUACUAGCCACUUCAAAUUGAAAGGUAGUGGUGAGCUUGCCCAGUAUGAGUCGUGCAGUCCAGAACAGACUUUAAAAAAAAAAAAACAACAACUUUUAUUCAAAUUGGUAUUAACUGCUGUGCUUACACUUUAAAAUAUGGUUCCAUUUGUGUUUUUUAUUUUUAUCUUUUUUUUUUUUUGUUUUGUUUUUUUUAAUGCAGCUAUCUAUAUAUGUGACCUCGUGCACUGAAGUGUGGAAUGUACAGUGAACAUCAUAUGAAAAUGUGUACAGUGUUAGGGGUGAGGUGGUGGGUUAUAAGCCUAAAGCAAAAAAGAAACAUGAAUAUAAGUUCAUUAUUACUUAUGCAAUGAGAAUAUGUUGUUAUGGUGCUAAAAAAGUGUUCCCAAAACAACAAAGUGGAUCAGUCAGGCCUGCUCCCCCUAUUGUUUUCCCUGGAGUUGCGAAGCAUUAUGUAUACUACAAUCACAUGUAGUAUACAUAAUGCAUGUGAUUGCUGUAUCUAACUACAUCUCUCCUAAUGCUUUGCCAGCAUUCUGGCUGUAACAGGAUUAUGUGAGAUGUAGUCCACAACAUCUGGAAGCUGUCAACUCCUGCUUUAAGGUGUUACCCAUUUUACAAUCCAAUCCUGGAUCCUUUGCUAUUUCCUAACUUUAUAUCAAGAAGUCUAAUGUGGUUUGUAUUCUUUAAUUGGAGAUUUGAAAAGUGGAUUGCAAAUUCUAGACCAAAGUAGCCCAGAUGGAAACAUAGUUGUGCAUUUUUUCCAAACUGGGUAUUUUAACCUAAACGUGGCAAUUUAUUUGCCAUUUCUCCACUGUUCCCUCGCUAUUGAAUAAACCCUUUCUAUGUUUAUAGGAAACCUGUAAAACAAGAGAGUAAUAGAGGAUUAUACAGCUGAGCCAUUAGUAUUACAGAUUCUAAAUCGAGGGCAGAGGAAGGCAACCUUCAGCUCUCCAGUUGUUGUGACUACAUCUCCCGUGAUGCUUUGCCUGCAUUACAGCUGUAAGAGCAUUAUCCGACAUGUGGUUUCCUUGUUUUGAAUGGUAAUUGCUCUUUAAAAACAUUAGCCCCACAACUGCAAUCAGACUUUUAUAUAUACUGUAACAAUAAAUAUAAUUGACAUUCUUGAAAAGGGUCAAGUGGAACAUUUAGAUAAGAAUCGCAUAGAGUACCACUUGCAUUAAAAACAUUUAAUCAAAGUCAUUUAUGACUGCUUUUAAUAAGGGCCUAUCUACUUGUUCUAUUGCUUCACUCAGAUGAUAAAUUAACUGUCCUCUGGUAUGUAAGAUAUUAACGGAUCACUACAGGGUCAGGAACACAAACAUGUAUUCCUGACCCUAUAGUGUUAAAACUACCAUCUAGCCUCCUUGGGCCCUCAUGCCUCCAUAAAUAUAGCAAGUCUUACUGUAUUCAAGCCUGAAGCUGUAACUCUGCAUCCUGUUUGUCUCAGAAAAACAAGCAGUCUGCUGACAUCAGAAGUGGUAGCCUGAUCCAAUCACAAUGCUACCCCAUAGGAUUGGCUGAGACUGACAAAGAGGCAGAUCAGGGGCAGAGCCAGCAUGAUUCAAACACAGCCCUGGCCAAUCAGCAUCUCCUCGUAGAGAUGAAUUUAAUCAAUGAAUCUCUAUGAGGAAAGUUCAGUGUCUGCAUGCAGAGGGAGGAGAUAGUGAAUGUUUGGAUGUAUUUUAGGCAGCCAUGACCCAGGAAAGAUCUCUAACAGCCAUCUGAGGAGUGGCCAGUGAAGUUAUCACUAGGCUGUAAAAUGAAAAUACAGUGUUUACAGCAAAAAGCCUGAAGGUAAUGAUUCUACUCACCAGAACAAACUUAAUAAGCUGUAGCUGUUCUGGUGACUAUAGUUUCCUUUAAUUUAAAAAAAUAAAUAAAGACAUUUGAUUGAUAAAUGCCUUAUUUAUUGUUUUUUGUAUACAUAGUGUAUGGUGUACCAGAGAAAAGGAAAGACCAAAUAGUUUGCCAUUUUAGUCACUCUGACUCUGAAAUUAUUUUGCACACGAGACCUGGAUAAUGUCUUCCCUGAUUAGUCAUGGCUAACCCGGAAAGCCAUGAGCUUUCAUAUAUACUUUUUUUUUUUUUUUUUUUUGGGACUCUGUAAUUGUGAGCUGCAUUAAUAAUGGCAUUCUGAAUAUGGUAUAUCUGAUUUUACGAAUAUCUUCAAUACCUCUUAAUAAUUUAUCAGCAUCACCUCAUGUCUCAUGUUACAGCUUACUCAGUUGUAUCAUACAGUCAACAUACUCCAGGAUGCACCUGUGGGUAUUUGAGAUGUUAGCUUAGCAUUAUGGUUUGGUUAAUUUAUUUUAGGAUCUGCGCAUCAGCUAGCAUUUAUUGUUGCUUUAUUUUUGUUUUUUCUUUUUUUAUGUUCCUAUCUUCAUUGGUGUGUGGUUUUUUUUUGUUUUUUUUUUUAUCUCAACAAUAACUAACUUACAGUGAGUCUAGUGUGUAGAAGAAUUGGGCCUACUAUUACUAGUAAAGUAUGUCUUCUCAUUGAUCCAAGGAUAAAUCUGACUGCCAUUCUGGGAUCAAGGGGGAAUUUUAUUCCUAGUUUGUUGCAAAAUUUGAAGUGCUUCAAACUGUUUUUAAUUUUUUUUUUUUUUUUUUGCUUUCUUUUGAAUCAAUAGCAAAAAACAAAUGUGAAUAAGCCUGAACUUGGACACCUGUCUCUUUUCAGCCUAUGUAAAUAUGUAAUCAUUCUGCCACAUAGCCAGGAAAGUAGCAGAUCUGCCAUUUAGAGUGCUAUAUACAACAUAGUGACUACAAGUAGAGUUAUUCUGUUGGCACCAAUGGCACUACUUGUCUUGUUGCCCCAGAUCUUCUGUAGGGAUUUUGGUGUCUUUGCUGGAUUCCCCCAUAGCUGCUUGACCCAGUAUUAUGUGAUGUGGAUUAGGCUUUAUUGUUGUAUGCAAUUCAAAAGGCCAGAGCUGGUGAGGUGUUCCAAUUAAACAGUUAGUGCCACAUAGCAAUGUAGGCUUAGUGGGUUGGUUUCUUGUUAAUUUCCUCUUGAUCCUAUUGCAAUCACUACCACUUGGCAGUAGGCAUGAGCCUCAUGUGGGCUUUUACUAAAUUUAUUGGGUUUGUUUUUAUCCAUUUUAGUUCAGUUCUUUAACCCUUAAUAUAGUGGUCUGUAUGACUACCUACAAAUGGGGUUAAUAAUUUUGGCCUAAUUAGCUACAAGUAUCUGUUUUUAUAGGUGAAGAAGCAUUUGCGGGGCAAAGACACCCUGGGCAGGCGACUCUCCUCCUGGCCAUCAGCUGAAUGUGCAUGCGCGGCAAGAGCCGUGCGCGCAUUCAGCCAGUCCAUAAGAAAGCAUUCUCAAUGCUUUCCUAUGGACGCUGGCGUCUUCUCACUGUGAAAAUCACAGUGAGAAGCGCUGAAGCGCCUCUAGCGGCUGUCAAUGAGACAACCACUAGAGGUUGGAUUAACCCUGUUAUAAACAUAGAUGUUUUUUCGAAACUGCUAUGUUUAUAGAAGAAAGGGUUAAACCUAGCUGGACCUGGCACCCAGACCACUUCAUUAAGCUGAAGUGGUCUGGGUGCCUAUAGUGGUCCUUUAACUUAAUGAAGCAGUUUUUGUGCAUAGAUCAUGCAUCUGAAGUCUUACUACACAAUUAUGUGCCAUUUAGGAGUUAAAUCACUUUUGUUUCUGUCCAUGCAGCCCUAGUCACACCUUCCCUGACUAUGACUGACACAGUCUGCAUGAAAUUUUUAUUUUAUUUUAAAUCAGAUGUUAACUUAAUUUGUAAGUUUUUAUCUCCUGCUCUGUAAAUUGAAAUGUAAUCACACACAGUAGGCUCCCUCAAGGUAUUAACAGAGCAGCAGAUAAGAAAUUCGAAAUUAAACAGACUGUGCAAUAAAAGAAGUGUAAACAUUAGAUCUCACUGUACAGGUGGUGUGUCUAGUGUUGCAUAAACAAAGUGAUUUUACUCCUAAAUGGCAGAGAAUUGAGCAGUGAGACUGCAGGGCCAUGAUAUAUACACCAUAACUGCUUCAUUAAGCUAAAGUUGUUUUGGUGAUUAUACUGUCCCUUGAAUUACUUUCUAAAGUUCCAACUGAUGUCCUUAAUACUUGGCAGUACUUGGUACUUCUGUCCAUUGGUUGACUACAGCAUGCAAUUAAUACAAUCCAGUGUCAAAGAAAACAGUGCUAUACCCCUAUAAAAUAAAAUGUGGUUCUUGGUGUUAUUAAGCCGCCCUUCACAAACCUGUUGGCGUUUGAGCAUAGUAUAUGUUGUGUCUUCUGCGCUGUAUAUACACUCUGUAUGGGAGUUUGGGGAGGACAGAGAUAGGAGUUUCUGGCAGAAGGUCAGAUAAAAAUUCCCACGUAUGCCAGUGUGCUUUGUGGCACAUUAUUACAUACCCUUUUGAUGAACACUGAAGAAGGCUGGCUGCUGUAGCCGUAAAAAAUGUGUGUUGAUGCUUCAGCCUGUGUUGUGCUUUGUCAUUCUUUGAAUAGUAGCUUAGUGUAUAAACACUCAGCAUGUGUCUUAACCUCUCAUCCAUCAAGAGAAAGACUAGCACUAUUACUCCCAGUAUCCUGUUUCAAUGCCUCAGUGCUUAAUGCUGCUCCGUGAUAUACCCUUACAUUCAUCGUCCUCUCAGUGUUUGGACAUAUAAGAAUUGCCCUAAAAAUGAACCUGGUAACCCAGUACUGGCGUCAGCCAGACCUGAUCAGACAAAUUAUCAUGCUUACAGGACGACAUAAGGCAGUUUGCGUACCAAAGAGGACCUGUCAUUUAAAUGGAUUAAAUUAUGUGCUGUUUACUGUGGGAUCCUGAGUGCAUUUUGCUAUCUGCCAUUACUGUGCAGUUUGCACAUCAUUUAGCCACUAGCUUCCAUAGAGUGUACAGGCCCCACCGCAUACAUAGACAAAAUAUAGUCCGUUCAAAAGCAAGGCUGAUUCAUUUCAAACUGAAAGUCUUUCCACAACAACAUAAACUGCUGCAAGGAUUGAGCUGAAAGCCAAUCUAUCUGCAUCAGCAAGCAUUUGUGUUUAUCCUAUUCAGCGUCAGGGAAGCCUGCUUUUGCUUCAUCCGACAAGGCAAAAAUGGGGUGUGAGCGGUGCAUCACACCAAAAAUGGAGAGACCACGUCCUCCCCAUGUGAGCUAAUUGAAAGAAUGUCUCUCCGUCCUUCAGGACGUGCAUGUUACAGCCUGCAGUACAAAGAAGGCAGCUGUGCAUUGUGAUCUCCCAUCUAGGUUGGAUAGCAGAGAUGUGCUUGAUUAACCUACCUUAUUGUAUGAGCAGCUGCGGGCUGUGUUCUGCUGCUGUGUCUAUUGCUGAGCACAGUACUGUUCAGACAGAGCUCUGCUACCAUUGGACAGAAGAGAAUGCAGCCAGCCGUCUGUGCUCAGUGCUUCAUUAACAUCCCAUCCCUCCACCUAGAAGGCUGAGCACACCAAUGGGGGAAGCUGGCCGAGUGUACUCUCCAGCCAGCCUCCAUCCUCAGGACAAUGGGAAGCUUGCUUGUUGCAGGUUUAGAACAUAAGGCUUGAUUGGCUUUUAAACAAUGCUUCAAACCCUUUUUAAAUUUGUUUCUUUAUGUAAAGAUAGAAAGUGAGAUACAUAGUCUCAAUCCUGGGCCAAAUGCUGUGUUUGUGUGAGAAAUAGUAAUCAGUAAAUCUCAUUAUAAUAUCUUUUCCCUGCGUUAUUGGUAAGGGAUAAUUGUACUUAUACAUAUAUGUGCUUGUAACCUAUAGCAAUACAUACGUAUCUGUUAUUCCUAAUUUAUGUAAGUUAGUUGGUGAAUAAAUAAAAUGGGCAUAUUAAGCAUUGUGAUAUCCUUUGUGAUUCGUUUUGGUAUUGUGUGUGUGUGUGUGUGUGUGUGUGUGUGUAUGUGUAUACACACUCACACUCACACUCACUCUCUCACUCUUUCAGAUAGCUUGGCACUCUCCUUACUUAGAACAAUCAGAUAACUUGCCUGGGUGCUACCCGCGUCAAAUAUAGGAAAAAUCAAUUCCGGGUAAGUAGAUCAACGUUUCGACCCUGGCGAAAAAGACCCGCCAGGGUCGAAACGUUGAUCUACUUUACAAAUGUAAUUUUGUCGUUUUCAUAAUAUUAAAUUACCGUUACACUGUCCGGUGUGUGUGUGUGUGUGUGUGUGUGUGUGUGUGUGUGUAUAUAUGUGUGUAUGUGUAUAUAUGUGUAUAUAUAUGGUGAUGCUUUAAGCAAAACUCAAUAACCCUACACUAACAGAGAGGUGGGGACAUGUAAUGGCAUGUGUCCAACUUGCCAUGUUAUGUCCCUUUCUCUCUAAUUUGGAAAAGUGUGCUGCUUAAUGAUAGCACAGCUGGAAACACGAACAUGCUGACUUGCUGAAGUUGUUAUAGUGCCAGGAGGUCCCUUGCUCACAUUUAGGGGUUAAACCAGUGCUACCGAAACCAGUCCUCAACCCACCAACAGUCCAGGUUUUGUUGGAAUAAAACCGUGGAGUACAUAAAUACGUGGAACCGUGGAAUACAUAAAUCCUCGACUGUUGGUGGGCAAUAGCCGAUAGCGAUAAUCUGUGAACUUUCAUUCUGAUAGCCUAUAGUUUACCGAUAUUUUUAUUUUUUUUGCAACAUUUUUUUUAUUAAGUGGUAAAUGCACAAAAUAUACAUGCCAGUCAGAUAAUUUUUUUUAUUUUUUUUUAUGUUUUCAAGAAUAUUUAUGUGUGUGUGUAUUGGAUGCAGUGAAAAUAUUUGAUUAGUAAAUGCAGUGUGUGUGUGUGUGUGUGUGUGUGUGUGUGUGUGUUUUGUGUAGUGGAUUCAGUGUUUGUGUGUAAAUAUGUGCGGUAGGAACUCCCCUCCUCCCCACCCCUUAACUGUCUCUAAGUGCCCUCCCCUGUUCCUCUCUCUUCUCGUUUAGUGGUCCCCCAUACCCCAGUGUUCAUUUUCCCUUCCCUCCCCUGUACCUUAGUGUCCUCCCUUAAUGUUCCUCUCUCCCCCCUAGUGUUCUUCACUCCACUCCCCUCCCCUGUCCCAUGGUGUUCUUCAACCCCCGCUCCCCUGUCCCAUGAUGUUCUUCAACCCCCGCUCCCCUGUCCCAUGGUGUUCUUCAACCCCCGCUCCCCUGUCCCAUGGUGUUCUUCAACCCCCGCUCCCCUGUCCAUGGUGGGUGUUCUUCACCCCUUCCGGUCCCAUGGUGUUCUUCACCCCUUCUCCCAUGGUGUUCUUCACCCCCUUCCCGGUCCCAUGGUGUUCUUCACCCCCCCCCCCCUUCCCAGUCCCAUGGUGGUCUUCACCCCCCCUUCCCAGUCCCAUGGUGGUCUUCACCCCCCCUUCCCAGUCCCAUGGUGGUCUUCACCCCCCCUCCACUGUCCCAUGGUGGUCUUCACCCCCCCUCCCCUGUCCCAUAGUGUGCCCCCCUUCCUCCCCUGUCCCAUCGUGUUCUCCCCUUCCUCCCCUGUCCCAUCGUGUUUCCUCCUGUCCAUCGUCCUCCCCUGUCCCUCCUGUCCUCCCCCACCCUCCCCUGUGUUCUCCCCACCUCCUGUCCCAUGGUGUCCCCACCCUGUCCAUAGUGUUCUCCCCACCCUCCUGUCCCAUGGUGUUUCCAGUGUGUUCUCCCCUCCUGUCCUGGUGUUUCUCCCCCCACCCCUCCCCUGUCCCAUAGUGUUCUCCCCCCCCCUCCCUGUCCCAUGGUGUUCUCCCCACCCCUCCUGUGUUCUCCCCACCCUCCUGUCCCAUGUGUUCUCCCCCCACCCCUCCUGUCCCAUAGUGUUCUCCCCCACCUCCUGUCCAUAGUGUUUCUCCCCCCCCACCCUCCCCUGUCCCAUAGUGUUCUCCCCCCACCCCUCCCCUGUCCCAUAGUGUUUUCCCCCAUCCCUGAGCGCCCCUCUCUCUCCUUGGUCCCUGCUCCCCGGUGUUUCUCCUGGUAGCGUGACCGAGGAAAGCAGUGCGCACCAGACUGACAGGGACUGCUCCGCUCUGCCACGCUACACAGAGUGCCUGGCAGGGGGGAGCGCUGUGCGCCCACCUCCCGCCGGUCACUCCGAUUUAGCGCCUCCCGGGCCAGUGCGCCCUAAGGCAACCGCUUGUGUGCCUUAUGGACGCGCCGGGCCACACAUUCAUUAUCGGUAUUGCCGGUGAUUAUCGACCGAUACUUACAAAAAAUCAUUAUAUCGGCAAAACCGAUAAUCGGUCAAUACCCAGUUUGGAAACCACUCAUCCAACCAUUCAUCCAAUAUUAUUCCGCAGUCUGAAAUCAUAGAUAAUGAAAGUCUGGGCAGGGACACUGCUUACCUUUUUGUAUGAAUGGGGAUCUGUUGAUUGGUUUGCUUUAGAGCAUCAGCUGACUGCCCAAAGCCAAUCAUUGGUGCCCCUGCCUUAAGCUGCUGCGGCCUUCUUUGAAUAGUGCAAGGACAGGAACCCAAAGCAGUUCCGCUCUGCAACACAGACUUUGGGCUUAAACCGUUCAUGAACAGUUUAACACCCUAAGAGUGAGCCAGCAUAAGGGACCUCCUGGCACCAUAACAACUUAAUUUUAUUAAAACUGUUAUAGUGCCCAAACUGAACCUGUAAAGUUAAUUUGGUAAUCCUUGCAUCUAAAUUGCAAAUCUGUUGAGCCCACCACGGUGGUUACGCCAUAGCCUGCAUAUUGUGUGUACUCUCAAACUAUUGAGCAUUUGCUGACAUUUUCUAUCCUUGGUCCAUCCUUAGCUCUGUUUAUUUUAAGGAGUGUGGUUGCCUGUUGCAGAGCAAAAUCCAAAGGGUUGAAUAUUGAAUAGUGCUUUAACCAGAUCAAUCUCCACUUGCAAUGCUGCUAAUGGCAUGUUUCAUUUAUCAAAUGACUUUAGUUAUCCGUACAGAAUAUUUUCAAACUAAACAUAAUCCAUGCCUCUGGCUUGUUUAGAAAAGUCAUCCAAAUAUUUACAGUGGCUCUAAAAGCUUGCUUGAAAACAACUCUAGAGUUUAUUGGGUGUAGUUGCAUUGUGAUUUCUGUUUUUUCUGAAGAUUUUUUUUUUUUUUCGUAGAGGGCAGCAAUGGAUCAUUUAACCUCAAAGGGCUUUCUGGGAGCUCUGGCUACAAGUUUGGAGUCCUUGCGAAAAUUGUCAACUACAUGAAGGUAUUCUAGCUUUUCUAUGUAAAUACAUGAUCAAUUCUUUGUGUUCCUGUCAUGUGUUUGUAUUCUGAAUGUCCUUAAAUGGAUGCUCCAGGCAUGUUCUGGGCACCAACACAUUUUAAGCCCAUUUUAUAGGUUUUGGUGUCAUUCAUAUUGAGAAAAGAAAAGUUCCCUUAUGACAUGUCUGGUGUAUUGAUAGGCUUGUGGGUGGUUUGGGAAGCAGGAGAAUAAGUUGGAGAGAAACUAAAUUGUGGCUCCACUAAACACUGUGCCACCAUCUUGCAGUUCCAAUCAGCUCUGUUUCUCCGGGGUUGCGUUACCGAUCUUAUUGCCAGUUGUAUUCUAGCUAGCAUAUUGUUGUCUCCAUCCCUCUCAGCUUGGGAGUUUUUGUGAGGCCCCCAGAUGCUACCGAUACCCUGGCAGCUCAGGUCUUCGGGGACCGGGAUGACCCCCACUGGUCCAUGGGGUGGGGGAGGGGUUUUGGAGUGCCCCUUCGUCCGCCAGAGAACCAGGAGAGUGGCCGUCUCUCCUCGGCUCCCACCCGUGUAGGCCAUCAAACUCGAUCCCCUGGUGCAGUGCAGUCUCCCAGGCACAAACAUUGCGUUAAGCUGUUGGUACGUUCGGGUGGUCGGGCAAUAAACCCAGAAUCUGGUCUCCAGACUAACGAGCUCUCGGCAUCUAGUCUGCUUGGGAGUCAGGCUCUGCCCCCCCCUAGCUAGCAUAUUGUUGAGGAUAAAAAAAACGAUCUUUAGGAAAGAUAUUCCAUUGCCUCUGCUUGCUUAAAAACAAAAAUACAAUGAACCUGAUUGUACAAGAGUGAACCCUGUAUGACCUAUAUUUCAAUACCCAUUGUGUUUUUUAAAUUCCUUAGACACGUCACCAGAGGGGUGACACAUAUCCACUAACACUUGAAGAAAUCCUGGAUGAAACCCAACACCUUGACAUUGGCAUAAAGCAAAAGCAAUGGCUCAUGUCCGAGGUAAGUUUGGCUUUUAGCAUGCUGUUUAAGAAAUCCUGCCUCUGAGAAUGCUGCAAGGUACAUCCAACUAUUUGAAUAUCUUUCUUGCUAUACACUUGAUCUAAAAAUAAAACUGGAUGGCUACCUUUUUUUUAACACUGUCUUAAACAGGAUUGCAACUUAAUGGACACUUUUUUUUUUUUUAUGUACCCUUGAUCUUCUAAACCCAGUGAUGUGAAUGUUGACUUUGUUAUAGCAUCCCUAUUUAUAUAGUUUCCAGCACACCAGGGCUUACUGAAUUGUUUGUGAUUAGCAAAUGAAUGUUUUUACUGGGUAGGGAGAAUGAGAUAGCGGGCACUUGUCAAUAAAACCACAGCACUUAUCUCCACCCUCCAAUAUAUACAGAAUAUCUGUCCCAAAGUAUACCAAUGAGGAACAGUUUAUUAUAAGUGUAAUCGGUCUCAAUGAAGAUUUAAUGGAAACAUUUAGAUGUUUAUAUGUACUGCAGAUAAUUGGUUUGGUUUAUUGUAAAUCAAGACCAUGCCCAUAUGGGAUCUAUCUCAGUAAAUUAAGGGGGCACCAGGUUGCUUCUGGCACCAUAACCACUACAGUGCUUACGGUGCUUAGUAUUGUUCCUUUAAGCUACUUCUAUUAAGUUUAAGUACUACUUCAGUUCAUAUUUUCAAAUCACCAUUGCCAGCCCUGUUUGUCUUGCAGACAAGUGGAUGGUCUACAAAUUGCAUUUGUAGAGAGAGAGCAGACUGUACUGUGAUUUCUAGUGCCAUGCCACCACGAUCACCACUUCUAUUACAAUAAGAUUGAUGAAACAACGGUGCAAGUGUUUUUGUUUUUGUUUCUUUGCAAAAAGCUUACCUGGCAUGAUACAAUUAACUAGGUUGGUGUUAAUUUAUGUGUAGUUUUAUUUAUUUUGCUGCUCUAUUGGUUGCACAAUUGCAGUUUAGAUCUAUUUUUUUAUAUUUUUCCCAUCUUCUCUCUUUCAGGCUCUAGUGAACAACCCCAAAAUAGAAAUUACUGAUGGGAAAUAUUCUUUCAAGCCCAAGUACAACUUGAAAGACAAAAAGGCUCUAUUGAGGCUACUGGAUAAACACGACCAAAGAGGACUGGGGGGCAUUUUGUUAGAAGACAUAGAGGAAGGACUUCCUAAUUCACAGAAAGCCAUUAAGGUAUUGCUCCUUUCGUAUCUACACAAUGCUGGCGGCCUUGGACAUACUGGAUAUAGUGUGCGUCCAGUAUCUUCAGGUUUACCUUCUGUUUAAUUAUUUUAGACAUGGCUGUCUGCAUACACAUUGGGCACAAGAAACAAACUAUACAGUGGGCUAGCUUGAUAUAAAGUAAUAGGAUAUAUGUUUAACUUAAAGGGACACUCCAGGCACCCAGACCACUUCUGCCCAUUGGAGUGGUCUGGGUGCCAACUCCCACUACCCUUAACCCUGCAACUGUAAUUAUUGCAGUUUUUAUAAACUGCAAUAAUUACCUUGCAGGGUUAAGUCCCCCUCUAAUGGCUGUCUUGUCAGACAGCCAGUAGAGGGACUUCCGUGUUCUUAGAACACGAAAAGUGUUAUAAGCGAUGCUGGACGUCCUCACGCUACGUGAGCACCUCCAGCGUCGCCGAAAUCCCCAUAGGAAUGCAUGGAAUAAUGCAUUCCUAUGGGGAGGUCUAAUGCGCAUGCACGGCCAUGCGCAUUAGGUCUCUCCCGCCGGCUGACGUCGGCCGGGAAGGAGAGUAGGCGGAGCCUGACCCAGCGCCGAGGGCUGGACUCCGGUAAGUCACUGAAGGGAUUUUAACCCCUUCAGCAACUUGGGAUGGGGGGUGAGAGGGAGAAACGAAUAUGUUUUCCUGGCACUGGAGAGUCCCUUUAAUCAUGUCCAUAGCAUACCUAAGCAUACUUUUUGCAGCGAUAGUUUCUAAGGCAUUGGGCCUCCACAUAGGUAAGACUUUCCACAACAAAAUUACCUUUACAACUCCUUGUUAAUGCAAAUAUCUAACAAGCCAAGCAUGUGUCACCAACUGGGUGUAUAAAAGCAUGACACAUGGUCAAAAGAUUCAGUUUUGAUUCAAAGCCGACCCUUAAAGUGGGAUAGAAAUAUGAUCUAAGUGACUGAUAAAAUAUCUGGCACAAUAAUUUUAUUGAGUGUCUCAAAAACUGCACAACAGUCUUUAGAGUUGGCAACUUUUGCCAUUCCAGAUGUUUUGGACUACAUCUCACUUGAUUCUUUGCUGGCAUCAUGGCUGUAAGCGCAUCAUGGGAGCUGUAGUUCUCAACUUCUUGAGUGCCGAAGUUUGCCUACCCUGCUCUAGAGCUUACAGAGAAUACUGGGAGAGGGGGAUGAGCAGCUGUCCUGUGCAUUGGAAACAGUUCGAAUUGACAGGAAGGCACUAUGCGGUAAAGUGCCUCUGAAUGCACUGCAUAUUGAACCUUGGCGUGAUUGAGCUGCAGUAACAGGAAAUCACAAUGCUUUUCACUCUUGUCUGUUAAGAGCAGAGAUAUCCGGCUACAAUGGGAUAUGGAAAAUAAAAACUAGCUAGAAGUAGUUAUUUGGAAAAAUGUUUCCUGGUCUAAUGACUCUCGAUUACUAUUGUCACACGCAGGGGGAUGGGUUCGGACUUAGACAUAAACAUGAAUCCAUCCUGCCUUGUGUCGAUGAUUCUGGCUGGUGUUGGUGGUGUGAGUGUGUGGAGAACAAUUUCUUGGAACACGCUACUUAUAACACCAAUUGCACAUUGUUUAAAUGCCACAUCCUGAGUACUGUUGCUGAUAGUGUACAUCCCUUUAUAGAAAUUCAACCAACCUUCCAAUGGAUUAAUAGCAGGAUAAUGCACCAUGCUGCAAAGCACCUGUCAUCACAAACUGGUUUAACGAACAAUGACCGAGCUUGGCAUUCUCUAGUGGCCUACACCAUCACUAGAAUUCAGUCCAGUGGGAUGUGAUGGAAAGGAGCAUUUACAGCAUGAUUGUGCAGUUUACAGAUCUGUAGAAACUGCAUACUGCUAUCAUGUCCACAUGGACCAGAAUAUUUAAAUCAGUAUAUCCAUUACCUUGUUACUCUCAUGAAACAAGAAUUCAGACUGUUAAGAAAGGAGAGCCUAAUAAAGUAGCCACUGGGUGUAUUAUAAACAUGUUGUCUAUAUUUUAUCUUUUUGUUGGAGCAUUCCCAUUAAUCUUUUCGUUCUAGUAGUUUGUCUGAGAAUAUAGAGAUGUUUUAGUCUCACGUUAUUAGGGAAAUGUAUAUUAUAUUGUUCUUAUCUUUUUAAAUUUGCAUUUAGGCACUGGGGGACCAGAUUGUGUUUGUAACACGACCAGACAAAAAGAAGAUCCUUUUCUACAAUGACAAAAGCUGCCAAUUCUCUGUAGAUGAAGGUAAGAGGUUACCCUGUCACAUAUUGUCUUGUUCUUGUAAGAUGAAUUUGUUUUGUGAGCACCUACUGAAUACUACAGCCAUAACCUUAUUCCUGUGUAAGGAUGACUAUAUAUUGUAUAUCUAGCUAGCUAGAAAUAACUUUAUGUCAACAGCUAGGCAACAUUAAUUUAUUCAUCAUGAGCUCAGAUGCAGACAAUGACAAAAUAUAUUCUGAUCAAUAUUCACGCUUAUUCACUGUGUCACAGUUGUUGGCAAACUGGCUAUGGAAACCCAAAAUUAAAGGAACAGAAUACCUCUAGUGGCAGUCACUCAGAUGGCUGCUAGAGGUGCUUCCUCUGUCAGUGCUGCACACUGUGCAGCACUGACAUUCAGCGUCCCCACACUCUGCAUGGAGGUAGUGAAUGUUCCUCAAUGCAUCUCCAUGGGGAGAUGCUGAUUGGCGCAGCGUUUUGCCGCGCAUACGUGAUAGUCUCCCAAUGUUUUCCUACUGUAAAGCAUUGCAUUGGGUAGAUGAUAAAUUCUGAUGAUGUGUGCCAGAGAGGCAAAGCCAGCGUCAGUGGGCCCAUGCAGAGCUGAAAUAAAGGUGCUUGUUUUUGUUUUUCAUUUUUUUUUUACUUAUCUAACAGGAGCAAGGGGGUCACAUACACAUUUGUGUUCCUGAUACUAGAGUGUUUCUUUUGGGCAAAACCUAUUCUUAAAAGCUCUAGUUGAGGACUAUUUGAACUGUUAUUAGAUAUUGUAUUGUCAAAUACACAUUUUGUAAUUUACAAUAAACCGUUUCAUUUUAACCCCUUAAGGACACAUGACAUGUGUGACAUGUCAUGAUUCCCUUUUAUUCCAUCAAGUGUAAUAAUAAUAAUAAUAAUAAUAAUAAAAAAUGUACUCCUUAUAACUGUUUUUCUUUUUUUCACCUCUCAGAUAUUUUGUGAUUUGCUUUGUGCUAUUCACACUAGUGUCCACUUGGUGGCAGCAAUCACAUUUCUAUUUCACCUAGAUUCAUGUGACCUGGAGAACAUGACUAUGUAUGACCUCUAGAUAAAGCGCAUAUUGCAUUACAAUAGGUUCAGUAAGUGCCGUUAUACAGACAUAGUAGGUAUACAUUAUAGUAGUAGGUAUUUGACCCAUAGAGCUUACAUUUGUUAUACCAAUAGAUUUCAGUAAGGCACAGAGAACCCUUAAAGAUCAAUUUUAUUGAAACCUUUGGUUUUAUUUGAUUCCUUUGUUAAUCCUAGAAAUACAGGUAAUGUACUGAUGUAGUUCAUUUGCAUUUUAUGGCAACUAAUUUUAGAACCAUAAUUUUCUUAUGAUAUCCAUAUUUCAAAAAACUUUGGUUAGUGCUGAUGGUAGCUAUGGCUUUUAGCCGCUAAGGACCAACAACAAAAUCAUAUUGUUGUUGGACUUUUUUUUUUUUUUUUUUACUGGCAUUUAAAAAGCGCCAAUAUAUUCUACAAUGCUGGCAUAGAGUGUUUAGGGACCACAUUGUGAUGAUUAUUUGUCAAGAGAUGGUGAAAGGCAAAAGCUGAUAUUAUGCAUUUAUACUGCACUAGUACUACCGUUAUUUACUUGAAGCAGAUUGGUCCUUAAAGUAACACACCAAUGGAACUUUAAUCAUACCCAAGUAAAUCAUGCAUGAAUUUACUGCUGCAUUUUUUUCUCAAUGUGGUAUAUCUAAAGCAGCUUGCAAACACUACAUAUCUCUUGUCUGAAGUCUUUGCAAGCUCUGCCCUUCUUCCCUAUCCCAGACGUACUAUGGCUGUCCAAUCAGGCUUCCCAAUGCAGCUUAAUGAGAAGUUAUUACAAGGCAGGUGCAGUGGGCAAUUGUUGCCUCUUGAGAUUAGAUCCACUGAGCUGACCAAACCAGGAAGUAACAGAACAGUUUAUCUGAUUGACAGCCAGCGGGUGUAACAAGGUUGAUUUGUAAAAUUGCCUAUUUCUAUUGAAAUCUGCACUUUUUGUAAAAUGAGAAUAAGAGGCCUUAGUCUUCAAUAUAAAGCACUUCAGUAUGCUUAAGUACUAUAGUUGUUUAAAGUGUUCAUUUAAGGAUCACAUUCAUAAACUUUUCCCGUUGGCAGAUUGGUUUUCUUGCCUGUAUGCUCCAGCAUAGUAAGUACAAUUCUGCCAAAUAUGCAUCUUUCAUUGUAAUAAAAUAUUGAUUCUUUCAACACAUACAUCACUGUGUGAGUUGCAUUUUCAUAAGUUUAUAUAAAAUAUAUUUGUAACUCAAUCUAGCUGCUUUCCAUCAAAAUACUGUACUUACAUUUGUAUGCCUGUAUUUUUUAAUGAUUUACCGUAUGCAUGUUAAGCAACCUGAAGCAGAUGCAAUUAGCUUUAUGAGUUUUCACAAGGGGCAGAGUAGAUGGGCUAACUGGUUAUUACUUCUUUGAUGCGUCAUGUCACGGAGGUUGGGGCCAGGUCUAUAUGAGAUUGGUACUAUUCCCCCUCUUUUUUUUCUCUUUUUUUCUCUUUCUUUUUUUCUCUCUCUCUUUUCCUCUCUCCCCUCUCUCUACUCUCUCUCCCCUCUCCCCUCUCCCCCUCUCCCCUCUCCCCCUCUCUCCUCUCUCCCUCUCUCCUCUCUCCUCUCUCUCUCUCCCUCUCUCCCUCUCUCCCUCUCUCCCCUCUCUCUCUCUCUCCCCUCUCUCCUCUCUCCCUCUCUCUCUCUCUCUCCACCUCUCUCCCUCUCCUCCCUCUCUCCCUCUCUCCCUCUCUCCCUCUCUCCCUCUCUCCCUCUCUCCCUCUCUCCCUCUCUCCCUCUCUCCCUCUCUCCCUCUCUCCCUCCCUCUCUCUCUCCCUCUCUCCCUCCUGUGAUUUCUGUUUUAUUCAGUCAGGGGGUUGCUUUGUAAGGCAAGUAGAAUCAACUUUGCAGGAUUGUAGGUCCAUUGUCUGCCAGGAAAAUUUAUUUCUACACAUUUUGACUAACCUUAAUUCUGUUUUGUGUUUACUGGUUUAGUUAUUUGUGCUUCUCAAUUUGAUUAUAGAAUUUCAGAAGUUGUGGCGGAGUGUCCCAGUGGAUUCUAUGGAUGAUGAAAAGAUUGAGGAAUACCUCAAAAGACAGGGAAUUACAUCCAUGCAAGAGUCCGGACCAAAGAAAGUUGUAAGUUCAUCUUUAUUUCAGUUUAAAAACCUCUUUGUUCUUUUUGCAACAUAUAUAACAAAGUUCUCAAAUGAACUACAAGUAUAAUUGAAAGAACUAUUAUGUUUUCUAAAAUACACCCAUGAUUUUACUACACCGUGCUAUGUUUUUGGUGUGUGUUUUUUUUAUUUUUUAUUUUUUUUUUUUUUUUUUUAUCAUAAUCCAGUUGUAUAUUUUAUUUAUUAUACACCUCAGAUUUUCUUUUUUUUUUUUUAAAACUCAUUAUUGUGUAUUUAUAGUCUUUUAUUCUGUUUGCUAUAUUUAUGGGGAUGUCUUCCUAAUUUAAAAAUUUUAAUUGGCUUCCUCUCUUGUGCACCUUAAUUGAUUGCUGAAGUCAGAUAACUCUAAAGUUAUAUGUUGUAUGAACAAGAAGGUGAGUUGGGCUAAUAAAAUCUAAAGUUUCAACUUUUGUAAGCUUUUCUGAAUCAGCAAAAAAGGGCGGUUUGAUAAAGUACUCCUUUUUCUUACUGAUAAUUUUACAACUAUAAAUAAAAUAACAUCUAUUUAAAUGGUUAAUACAACCAGAACCGUGCUUGCUUUGGUCAAGUAAACUCUUCCUAUCCUGUUUGCGCUUACCCCCUAUAAAAACACCAUUCCCAUGCGAUCAUAGGGGGCUGGUGACCUAAGCAUACAUAUUCGAUAACACACAGACACGCUCACAUUCUCUCACAAAGUAUUAUUUUAUACACUUAAAUAGAUACACACACAAAGAUUCAUGGAGACACACAGCCAAAUACACACACAUGACAGAUACAGACAGAAAUAAUAAGAAACAAUAUAUAUAAAAUACAUAUUUUUAGCCACCCUCCUGUCUCCGACCUUUUGGGCUAAGGAGGGACUGGGUGACGUUAGACUAGUGGGGCUGGGUGCGGCUGAUGGGAACUUCCUCCCGGCUCUGAGGCCGUGCAGGGGAGUGGGCGGGCGGGCGUACAAGCUCUGAGGAAGGGGGGCAGACUGGAGGCUGGCUCUGUGAAAUGGGGGGCUGGGGAGCUAUGUGGAAUGGGGGGCGGGCAGCAAACAGAGCUGACUUUACCUUAUGUCCGGGCCAGCUUGCCAUUCCCCUGUGCGGCCUCAGCGCCGGGAGGAAAAGAGAUCCUUUCACUACCUCGUGGUACACUGGCACACAGAGAGCGUCACCGGGAAUGAGGAAGUAACAGGUCAACCAAUCCAAGGCAACCAGGACAAAAUUCUUAGUCACCAUGGUGACCUGGCGCCUGGGAUUUGUUGAGCCCUGACUGAAGACAUUUAAUGAAGAGCACCUAAUAUCAAAUGUUUCAGGAACCCUGUCCCUUAUGUGUCUGUCUAGGAUAAGGGUGUUGUAUGUGGGGGGAAACAGGGACAGGGUCGCAAAACAUUUAUUUAGUGCUUUUCAUUAAAUGUCUGAAGGAUUUCAAGUGACCUAUAUCAACUAAGCUGUGCAUUGUGCUUUUUCUGUGUUUGUGAAACUUUAACUGCUCUAUUUUGCAAUGUUCUUAAUCGCUGUAUUAUAUAAAGGAAAAUCCUGAAGCCUCUUUUGCAAUUGCUCUGUCUUGUAGAUCCCAGUUCAGAAGAGGAAGAAAUCAAACUCGCAGAAGAAGAGAAGGUUUAAGACUCACAAUGACCACUUGGCUGGUGUGCUCAAAGACUACACAGAUGUUACUCCUGGCAAACCAUAAUCAUAUAAUCAGGACCGAGGAUGUUUACAGAGGAUUUUUACCAUAGGGUUUCCUUAGAACGCUUAAUGCCUCAGCCUUAAUAUGUCUUCUGAGCCUUCCAAAACUUAAUACCAACUGUGUUUACUCCUUGGGGUUUCACUGAGGCUAUCUGAUUAUUGACCAUAAUCAAUUUUUGGCAAAGUAUUAAAGCAAAAAGUGUAUCAUUCGUUAAACUGAAGUAGUACUGGAGCAGUACAUGUGUGGAAGCCUACACAGUAUGCAGGACAAUUCGUGGAUGUUUAUUAUUCCUUUUUUGGGGGAGUGUUUUUUUUCUUUUCUUUCUUUCUUUUUUCUUUUUUUUUUUUUGCAUUUCUUUAAUUUGAUAGACUUGAAACUAGAGUGGAUGUUCCAGCAUUGGGGCAGGUCAAUAUGCUGUUUACUGUAUGUAUAUUGGCAAGAAAAAAGAUUUCUGAAGUUUUUUUGGGGGGGAGGGGGCAGAGGGAUGUGUGAUUUAAUUUACAAAAAAAAAUGUAUUGUGCAGAAUUUGAUUUAAUGUCUCAAACUGCAUUUAGUUCUUCAUUAAAAACCUUUGCUCUCUGGAGGUUCCUACAUACCUGCUUAGUAAUUUAAAACGCACAUGCCAAGUCCUUUACAGACCACUGAAUUGUGUUUAUACCAGCAGUACUUACAUUGUAAGAAGAACAUCAAAGAUAUAUUUUUUCACUUUCUGUCUUCAAAGCAACUUAAUUUUGGUUUGCAAAAUUAUUUUAAAUACAUAAUUUUGUGCAUGCAAUUUGUAUACAUGUCUGUAUAUAGGUAUAUACAUAGAUUUGUCUAGGAAUAAAGGGUACAUAAACUGUAAGAUGUGUUGCAUAGUAAAUCAGCCAUAUAUUUACCAUAGCUUUUUAUUUGUACAAUGUAG